GCGGCCUCAGUCGUGUUUUUUUGUUGUGCCCGUUCGCGCGUGUCCUGCUGGCUGCUAAAUGCCAGCUGCCUCCUGUCCGUUGGCAAUCCGUCGUCCGACAGCCGAGCUCGGGAGCUGCAGUUCGUCCGCGCCCAUAGACCAUAUGAAUUUCUACCAAUUUUCUACUCAUCGGUGUAGCGCUAAUAACAAAUAAUAAUACCAAAUUCAGGCAGAUAUGCAAACGCGCUUCGCAAUAAAGGGGCGAGUUGGCAAAGAAAACUUAGGACUAACGCCCACCCGAGAAGAUGUUUGUGUGUGCAAGGAAUGCGUUUAAUAAUUGAUUCGGUCCACAACUGGGCUGCGGCGCAGGGAAAUUCGUAUCGUUUAUAAAUAAUGCAAAAAUUACAGUGCAAAUGUAAUAUGGAAUUACAAUCACAACCGUAUCAAGAAAAUUUUAAAUGGAGCCGCAGCAAAGAACACAAAUAAAACAUUCAUAUGCAAAAUAAAAUUUGAGUCAAACAACCGAACGCCAUGAAUUGGAAAACUGCAACAAAUGUGAUAUGAUCAACUAAUAAAAUAUAAAUAAAGACACUUUUAGUAUAAUCCAAAACAACGUUAAUUAUGCCUCGGAAAAUGGCAACAGCAGCAACACAGAACGAUAAAUCAAAAUGAGCAAAUAUUGUCUGGGCUUGACUUUUAUAUAGCUAGCAAUAAUGACAUUUAGUGCUACAGCAAACGAACAGGAAAAAACAAAAUAUAACGAGAAAGCUUUAAAUAUUUUUUCUACUUACUAAAAACUUAAAUUAACUGCACCAAAUGUGAUCGAACCGAAAUAAUAUAUAUUGAACAACCAAUAAGAGUUACUUCAACAAUAAAAUUCGACAACGACAUUGCCUUCUCUCAUUGUAGCCUAAACGAAAUUAACUCUAAAACUCAACUUCGUAGUCACUAACGUUAAUUACUAGCCUAAGCCGAUAAUUGAAACUAAAACCAAAUGAAUAAGUUGAUCAACUUAUAACUAAACUCAAAGACUUUUCUACGUGCAACAAGGAAAAAUACAAUUGAAAUUGAUUAAAAUAGAUAAUGCAUAGACUAAGUCGAGCAAUCACUUACAUUCUAAACGCAGUGCGCCUACGUUAACGCUGCGCUAACGAAAACGGUCAAUUCAUAGAUAUAAAUAAAUGUUUAUAGCUUUCAAUGCCAAAAUUCAAACGAAAAUGAAAUCUCCUACGAAUACAAAGCCGCGUGACGUGAACGCUACGUAGCAAAAGGCCAGGCGUUGCGUUACGUCGCGCUACGUAACGACAUAACCACAGUCGAGUCCACAUCCGAUCAUCCGAUUCCCGUACUUCACGCCGUUUAUGAUCCAGGAUUCGCCGCAGGAGCGUCGCAGGACGAGUCGCCGGCGCAGUCAGAAGCAUCACCGCUGGAAAAAAACACAGCCUAUACGAAACACACAGUGCAACAGCAACAGCAACAACAGCAACACAACCAACCAACCAACCAACAAGAACGACUUAACGGAGCUAGAAAAGCAGCCGACCACUGGCGAUCAACGCAGCCCAUCCUCAGCCCGCCACUCAACUGCGCCAGCCCUUCGACUUCGAGGCUGACGCAGUUUUUCAAACGCCACAGCUACAGAAAAACCCCCCAAAAAACCAACCACCACAAGAACUACAGCACUACACAUAGGGAUCUGUUUUGAAAAAGAACAGAUACCAGAAUUAACAUAAAUAUUACUCUUUGCUUCUAUUUCUAUACUCCUCCUCUUUGUGCCUAUCAGUACGUUCUCGUAGUUGUUGAGAAAGUUGAGAAAGUAACCGUAACCGUAAUCGGACUGAAUGCACGCCUCUUUUUUGAUGCUGCCCUCGACGAUCGACAUAACGCGCAGACUUCGUGACAUUUAGUUUUGGACGUUAUUAAGCUCCUAAACCUGUAUUCUGUGUCAUCCCAUUGAUUUCGAACUGUGAACGCAACCCCAACGUAUACGCAAUCACUGACGUUACGCAUACGCACCGUUGUACAACGGACAACUGACGUAUAAAACAUAAAUACAAGAACUAAGAACUUUAACCGUUAACCAAAAGAACAAAAAAACAACACCAAGAUGCAGGCCGCAUUGAUGCUAAGAUCGAAAUCUCGGGUGGCGAGAAGAAGAAAGCUACGAAAAUUAGGUGGAAGACUUGAGUUGCCUAGUAAUGUAGCAACUAAAGAAAUAGCUCCAUUUCCUCGUUAUCCACCUGAGUCAUGGUGCGCCCAAGGACGUGCCGCCUGGUUGGAGCGGGGUCGACGCUGCAGCGUCCAGGAUCAGCAACAGCAGCAGGCCACCUGCCACCGACGCUGGGUGAAGCGCAACCGAAUCCAAGACGCCUCUUUGGGCGGCUCAUCGGACGAUGAGGAUUUCCUGGGCGUUCUGCGGGGUCCUAGCACCUUUGCGAAUGCCUUUCUCUACGUGGGCCUGGGCACGGUGGCACUGGGACUCGUCAUCGCGUUCGUUGGCACCGGCGAGAAGGGCUUCAAAACCACGGAACUAAGACUUAUAGGCCCCUCUCUCAUAGGAUUGGGCCUGAUCUGUUGCAUUUUACGCAUCCUCUUCUGCAUCUGUCCAUCGCACUGCAUUUCAUCUAGCAAAAAGACGCGGAAGAAAAACGGCAACAAGAUUGAUGCAGAUCACACGACAUCGUUGCUCAGAAACGAGAGCAAAAGAGUAUCUAUAGCGAGAGGUCCUAGUUUUCAGCCCAAAUAUCCCAUAGCGCACAAACGCAGCCAGAGCAAAAUGCUCAACGAGGGAAUGGAGGCACUGCGUCAGAUAGCCACCACAUCCUUGUUCAUGCAGAACGAGCAGAAGACGGCCAUCAAUCGCGUGGUGCCGAUCAUCAAUGAGCCGGAAAGCGGUGAUGCUCCACUGGAGAUGAAGAAGCUGCAGACGGCUCUGAAUGCCUGCGAGAUGAGUGACGAUGAGCAGGAUCAGGACCAGGAUCAGCAGAAGCAGCAGCAGCAGCAGCAGCAGCAGAUUGCCAAACGUACAACAGCCACAACUGCCGUUACGAGUAGUACCACCAAAGACCCAACAUCAACAGCAGCCACAUCGAGGAUAACGAGAGCCACUACCCUGAGCACGGUUGACGAAAAGCCGGACAGCAAGCUGGUGCGUCAGCGGGUGGCACUGCAGCAGCAACGCCAACAGCAACAGCAGCAGCAGCAGCAGGAUCAGCAACAUGUACCGAAGUCGCAGUCAUUGUCCUCCUCCUCCACGGUCAAAGAUUCGCUGGAGGUGGUGGAGGAGACAUCCCUGAUAGAUGCCAGCAACGAGACCACAACACCUGUUGCAACAACAGCCGCUUCAUCAAGUGCUCCCAUGCCCAGCAGUUGCAGUACGGGUGCGAUACCUCGGCUUAAUAGGCCGGGCAUCUCGACGGGAGCCACGCCCAAAACGACGACCACGACGACGACGCCCACCAUUACGGCACGGCUGCCCACGUCGCAGUCGCAUCCGACGAGCUAUGACCUGCCACCGGCCCUGCCGCACACCUAUUCCGCAACGGCGACGGUACGCGGACCACUGGGCAUGUCCAUGAGCAGCUCCACUUCCGGCAAGGGAAUGGGAACUGCCUUCACAUUGCCGCCCACCACGACAGCGAUUAGUCUGCUGCCGCUGCCGGCGCCUUCGACGGUGGCCACCGCCUCAUCCACCAGCACAACGAUAGCCAGUAUUCCCGGCCAGGUGCUGGACACAAGCGGAGUAACGAGUCUGAGUCUGAGCCUAAUGCGACCGGCCACCGCAUCCGGUGUGGUACUGAGCGGAUUGACCACCUCAUCGUUCACCACCGGCACGGAUCAUCAAAAAUCACAUCCGUCAUCCGCCGGUUCGGUGAUGGGGCGUGGCAGUAGCCUACUCCUUUCGCCUCCCACAGCGGCAGCGGCGUCGUCGUCCUCGUCGUCGAGCAAAUUCGAGCCAGAAUUGGUGCUCAGUCCGGCUAACCUUGGCCAGUAGAAUUAAAUGGGAUUUAGUUACGUUUUUAGUUAGCCACCAGGUCUAUAUAUAUGUAUAUGUCUAGGUUCUAGAAGCGCGUGUGCAUGUGCAACAGGAUGAGUGUCUGCGUGUGUGGUGAGCUGUGUGUGAGUGAUGGUGAAUGGUUAAGAUCGACUAGAGUUUAGAUACCUAUGUACCCUAAAACUAUCUUUUGAAUGUGCCACAGGAACCACUAAGAGAAACGAAUACACCCCUUAACUGAAUCUCUACCAAGAAGUCAUGUUCUGAAACAUAAAUCAAGUAAAUUAUAUUUAAAACAAAAGCUACAAUUAGGUACAUCAAUUGGCUAAACUUUAAUCAUCAAUCAAUAAGACUCUAUAAUUACCAAUCAGAACAUGUCGCUAUUAUUUCCAUUCAACUCCGCAACUCGCUUUCAGUGUCUAAUCGAGUAUAUUUCCCGAGGCUUAACUCCUCUAUUCUUCGCAAGCCACUUGAUUUCCCUGCCCAUCUUUUGGAUGUAUCAUCCAAUCUAUAGCUAACGAAUAUUUUCCCAACAUUCUAGAUCUGUGUGUCAGGCUUUAGGUGGCAUAUUAUACGCCCGUGCUCAGCAAAAUGUUGCCAACCUGCGCUGUUCGAAGCUAUCCCAAAUUGAAAACAAAAACUAAAAACAUAGCCAGGGUAUUAUAAAGUUUGUAUACCAAACAUAUCGUUAACUAAAUACACAAACGAACAAUUUAAAAAAGAAAACCAAUUAUAAUAUGAAACAAAGAAAGGUAAACUUGGAGCGUCGUCCUAAUUAAUAAAAACUAAUAUAAACAAACUAAAAACCCAAUUAGAUAUGUACGAAUAAAGUUUGGGGUAUAAAACUAAAUGGAAAGAAGCGCAAACAUUAGUAUCUGGUAAAUGUGCGGGUGUUUUCAAAAAAUACAAAUAAACCCAAACAGUUUAAAAAGUAUUAUGCAAUCGCUGGAGAGCUCUCCAAAACAUACAAAAUAAGAAUUCUCAAAUUCUGCGAAACUCUGUAAAGACUUUAAUUCGAUUCCAAAGCAAAACUGAAACUAUUCCCGAUAUUUGUAAUAUCUUUCCGUUUCGACAGCACUUUUUGAAGCUAUUGCUAAAUUUCAAAGAAUAUAAUUGCUUGCUGUUUCAACCCAAAGAAAAGUGAGCCGAGUAAUAAUUAAAACGAACAUAAAACCGAAUACAAUAGAAUCGAAUGUGGCCGUUAAAUUAUAAAAGAAGCGAAAAUAAUUAAAGGUAACAUCCCAGAAACUAAAUGUGUAAAAUGCAUGUACAGCAAACAAAGCAGCAGCAAGAUAUAGAAAAUAAUAAACAAACUUUAUGAAUUAGUAUGUAUGUAUACUAUAUGUGCAGAAAUAAAAAUGAAAUAUAUAAG